CCCAUCUCUCCAUAGGGCGUCUGUGGUGGGGGUCUGACCACACUUCUGUCUUUCUGUCCAUCAGGGCAUCCAUCUCCCUCUUGGGGUGCCAACCCGUCUGUCCAUCCGUCCAUCGCUCUCCCCACCGCCUUCCCAACACCAUGUACACGGCCCUCCCCAAAAGCGGUUCCCCCUUCGGCCCCGCGCCCACCCGCCCUGGGCUGCACAUCUGGCGCGUGGAGAAGCUGCGCCCGGUGCCGGUCCCUGAGAGCUCUUGGGGUGUUUUCUUUUCGGGGGACGCCUAUCUGGUGCUGCACCUGGGGCCUGAGGAGCGAGCCCACCUGCACCUCUGGAUUGGUCGGGAGGCGUCGCAGGACGAGCGGGGGGGCUGCGCCCUGCUGAGCACCCAGCUGAACGCGCUGCUGGCCGAGCGCCCCGUCACCCACCGCGAGGCGCAGGGCCACGAGUCUGAUGAGUUCAUGGGCUACUUCCCCCAUGGCAUCACCUACCAGGAGGGUGGUGUGGACUCGGCCUUCAAGGCGGCGCGGCGCAGCGCUGGCCCUGGCCCCGUGUGCCGGCUGUACCAGGUGAAGGGCCGCAGGAACAUCCGGGCCACGGAGCGGGACCUGAGCUGGGCCAGCUUCAACACCGGCGACUGCUUCAUCCUGGACCUGGGAGAGACCAUCUUCACGUGGUGCGGGGCGCGGAGCAACGUCCUGGAGCGCAGCCGGGCACAGGAGCUGGCUGCAGCCAUCCGUGACAGCGAGCGGGGUGGCAAAGCGCGCCUGGAGACGGUGGUGGACGGCGAGGAGCCCCCCGAGAUGCUGCAGGUGCUGGGCCCAAAGCCCACUUUGACGGAGGGCAGCCCUGAGGAGGACGCAGCGGCCGAUCGGAACGCAGGGAUGGCCGUUCUCUACAAGGUGUCGGACGCGACGGGGCGCAUGGACCUGAGCGAAGUGGCCCGGAACUGCCCCUUCAACCAGAGCUUGCUGUGCCCUGAUGACUGCUUCGUGCUGGACACGGGCGCCGGGGGGAAGGUCUACGUGUGGAAAGGGCGCAAAGCCAACGAGCAGGAGCGGCAGGCGGCCCUCAGCGUGGCCGAGCAGACCAUCACCCGCAUGGGCUACUCGCCCCACACACAGGUGGAAAUCCUGCCGCAGGGCCACGAGACGCCUCUCUUCAAGCAGUUCUUCAGUGGUUGGAAGUGAGGCGCACCGUGGGGACAGGGCAGGGACAGGCUGUGACCCCAUUCCCACACCCACCGUAUUCCCCACACCUCCAUCCCUGUGCCAGCUCCAAGCCCAACCCAGCCCUGCGCCAUCACCCCACCCUUACCGUAUCCAAGGCCAUGCCAUCCCCACACUGUCUCUCUUUAAGCCCACGCCAUCUACAAGGUCAUUCCUCCCCCAUGCCAUCUCUGUCUCUAAGUCCACGCCGUUUCCAUGCCCACGUCAUCCCCACACCACCCCACUGCCACCUCUAUCUCCAGCCCCAUUUCUGUGGCGUCCCAUCCCAGUGCCAACCCUGUGCCCCAUCCCGUGCUGUCCUUGAGCCCAUGCCCCCCACGCCCAUCUUUCCUGGAUCCAUCUCCAUGCCCAUGCUGCCCCCAUGCCACCCCCCGUGCCACCCGCCUCUGAGCCCGUGCCAUUUCCCUCUCCACAUCUACGCCACCUGCAUGGCCAUGCCAUCCCCAUGCCACCUCCCUCUCCAACCCCACUGCAUGCCAUCCCUUCUCAGUGCCAUCCCAUGCCGUCCCCAGGCCCACACUGCCGUGCCACGUCCCUGCCGUCACCGCCGUGCCCACCUGCCACCCUCACACUGCACAAAUAAAGGCAUGGUGUGAACCCACA